UCGAAUUGCAAUGACAAACACAACAACUUCUGGUUUGUACUGCAUUGCGGUGUAGCUGUCCAGUCAAAGCGUAAACAGCAUGAGUGAUGCGUAAACAGUGUGAGCGUUUAUGAACGAUGAAGCUCCUGAAAACCUAUGGCAGAAGAUACAAAUCCAGCUUCCUCGAAGCUUCAAAUACCAAACGCGUCUGGAGCCCCGAGGUGGUCUUGCUUCAAACACCGCCGAGAAAUCGUUCGGAAAUUCUUUUCGAGAGCCUGUGCAACCCUACGGCUCAGAUAAAGCGUGCUCCGAGAGGGAAGGUAAAGUAUGGGAAUGUCACUAACCUGUUCAACGUCAGCUCUGAGCGAUCUGAUAAGGAGCAUAAAAAGAGGUCCGGAUCGCCCUGCAGACGCACUGAGAACCGAGCCUGCCAGAAACGCUCACAACAGAACUACAAUGCACGCAGGAAACAGCCUGCAGCCCAGCAGAAUGGUGUGUCACAGAGCCUGGCAGACAGGAAAGCCAGACCAAGGCGGCAGAAUGUCAAGAGGCCUCCAACAAAGCUGUCACUUAAAAACAAGAAGCCACAGGCGCAACAGUUGCCACCAACUUCAAUAAAGAAGGGGAAUAUUCAACUGAGCAAGCCGACUACGAUGAGCCACAGCUCCACUAGUUCCACAUCAUCAUGUGAGAUACCUAGGCGUUGUCUCAAGGACGACGAGUCAUUCUCAUUAUACCUCGGGAGGUUAAAACUUCCUGGCAGUCCAGUAAACCCCACUAGCUCAACACCAAAAACUGAUACAAAAUGGGAUGAUAGGGCCAACUACAGAUUGCAUCGAGCUGUCUAGUUUGAGUGACAUAAACAGCAUUGAUAUCAGCAGCCCUCGCUUUCUGGAAGGUGACAGCUCUAUUGCAUAUGAAGGAAACCAAAGGACCGGACAUGAACAAACCCACUCUGUGGAUGGUUUGAUGCCCUCAUUUCUCGUCUCAGGAGAUCGCAGCAACUGGAUUACCCUGCGGAAGAAAAGAAACAGAGCAAUGUGCAAGCGCGAUGAUGGAACAAAUAGAAAAAAAGUCAGACUGAGCUUUGCAAGUGAAGACGUUUCGAAUUCAGCGUGGGAUACACCUAUUGCAGAAGAAUGGUCACCAGUCCUGGUCAGCACUCCAGUGUCUGACGCCCGCAUCAACAGAGCGGAAGCAAGAAAGGCAUGGUUUCUCAACUGCGCUAUGCAGACACCACAUGUCGCACCAUCCACCAUCUUUAACAACUCUGUCCUUGUACAAAACUCGGUCUUAUUGGAUAAACAAGUCCAGGGAGCUGGGUCACAUAACGUAAAGGGUAGCCUGAAGCGAAAGUUAGCCAGUGCAGCACAGUUUCAAGCUCCCUCGUAUGAAAACCACAGUGGCUUGUAUUGGGAAAGUUUUCCAGACAACGACGUGAAAGCCACAAGUCAGUUGAGAGGCAGUAGCACGGCACAUGAGUCCUCUGAGCAGCCGCUGCAGGUCUGAUUUGGAAAGCAGCAUCAUGCCUUUGUCAUGUGAUCAGAGUUCUGUCGAGCUUUCUGUAACUCAACAGGCAAAAGCUCAGAUGAAAGAUUUUUAUGUUGAGGUCACAGACUGUCAAGGAGAAGUCUUAAGGCAAACCAAAUGCAACUUUCGCUGUAUAUUCUGCAAAGCCUGAUGCUUUAGACUCGCAAGGGAGAGGAAACCUGUUUGAGACUGAGAAAAGGAAAAGUCACCUACUCAUCGAGCCAGAGGCUUCACAUCAAAUACUAGGAAACAAUUCACAGCUGUCCAUAUUUCAGAAAGAACUGUGUGUCAAGCUUGUUGACGUUAUGGAAACAUCAUAUGCUGGUAAGUGCUUGCUGCGUUCAUCUUUGUUGGUUGCUCAAAGUGACAGUGAAGAGACAUUCUUGUCAGAGGAAGAUUUCUACAGGGAACAUGCCAGCUUAAGGAGCUGCGUGUUGUUCUCACAGACCUGAAACAUCAAGAAGCAAGGUUGAACAUGAAUGCACAGGAUUGCUCACCACACACGUCUUUAUUGGAUGAUAAAAAUGAUGGUGGGCAGUCACUCUCAUCAAGGGAGUUUGCCACGUGUGAAAAGUCCCAAAUGGAAGAUGUGCACAUUGUUCUCGAAGAUGUGAGAGGUCGGAAGUGAAAUGCAAAACAAAAGCAAAACCCAUCCGGUCAAUAGUGACACAUGUGGUGUAUCCUCAACAGGUGAGCCACAGUGCACUCGCGCUGAUGAAAUCAUGCAGUCGAAGGAGCGUGCUGUGUGGGAAAAGUUCCAGCUUAAAGAUGUGCGCAUUAUUCUGACAGAUCUGAGAGACCAAUGUGCAACACAGCACAAAAAUGGAGCCCAGGCAGACAACACCAACCUAUGUGUAGAGUUGCUUAGCACAUGAGCCACUUUGUGCAACUUUUGCUCACAGUGGAAAGGUUGAACGGACAUCGUCAAAGCCAAACAAGCUCCUCUGAACUGUACUACUGUAACAGUGCACCUCUGGAUGGGAGUGGCAGGAACACACCAUUUCAGCAUUGUCGUGGAGAGUAUUCAGAAGCUAAGAAGGCAGAUGUUGCAGUCGCCACAUGUAGUCCUGACAUUCCGAUUGCCAAGUUUGGACAAAUUAUCAAUUCAUUUGCUUGUCAAUUCGACCAAGAGCUUCCACAAAUAAUGACAAGGAAAAUAUCAAACCUGCCAAUAGUAUAAGGAAACGUUCAAAACAACACGGCAGAACCAUUGAGAGUGAACCGUUGUCAGUUCCAACUGUUGCUCUCACUCGUGAAGCUGAAAACACUGUGAGCAGUGCUACUGAUGGUUUGGCAACACAGAUAAUACCUAGCUCGUAUGCCUCUUCCAAGCGCAAAACCGACUCUGAGCAACCUUUAGCACCGUGCUUACACAUGUGCAACGAACUGAACGAAAAGCUUAAAAUGCUCAAGGAGACCAAGGUUGUUCUUAAAAGACACGACACUCAACGACAACUGAUGCAACCUCCUCCUCCAACUGCACUGAAGAAGAGAACUGCGCAACGUAUGAGUCGCUCAAAUAAUCGACGGCCAGACUGUGCACCAGAACAGCGCACCAGUGCUGCUAACUGCAACUCUUCGCAAAAUAAGAGUGCUUGUAAAAACAACUGGUCUGCCUGCACGAGACGACAGGCAAGACUCACCAUGGCUCGCAAGAGUGCAGUUCCUUCAAGAGUGCCACUAGAUGCCAAUCGAAUGCUACUGGAGAUGUGCCAUCAGAGCGAAGCCUUGACCUUCAAGCAAGCUCUUGGUGCCAGUGCUUUCAAGCAGUGCCUGAAAAUUGGCGAGGGCACAUACGGAGAAGUGUUCCGAAUUGGACAUGGAUCAAAGGCGUCUGCCAUCAAGAUUGUGCCCAUUGAGGGUACCUUCCCUGUGAAUGGAGAAAAUCAGAAAACAGCUGCACAGAUUCUUCCAGAAGCCAUCAUUUGUCAGGAGUUGAGCGCUCUUUCCCAGAAGGGACGAACCACUAUGUGCCCAAAUUUUAUUGAAGUGAAAAGGUUGUACUACAUUCAAGACAGGUACCACCCAGCCCUCUUGAAGCAGUGGGAUGCGUUUGACUCCGAAAGGACAAGCGAAAACGAUAGGCCAGACUGCUUCAAGGCAGACCAGAAGUUUAUCAUGUUUCAGUUUGCAGAUGGCGGGACAUCCUUAGAAGAUUAUGAGAUAAACUCUGCAACAGAAGCCAGGAGCAUUUUCCUCCAAACCGCUUGCGCAUUGGCCGUUGCCGAAACUGCUCUAGAGUUUGAGCAUCGCGACCUUCACUGGGGAAACAUUUUGGUGGCGCCAACAAAGCAACAUCACAUUCACUGCCAUCUGCCUGAGGGUAGCUUCAGUCUGGACACAAACGGUGUUCUUGCCUCGGUGAUUGACUACACGUUGUCCAGGUUACGCAAAGAUGGAGCAGUCAUCUAUACCGAUGUGUCCCACGAGGAUGAGCUUUUUGGUGGUGUUGGUGACUACCAGUUUGACAUCUACAGGCGCAUGAAGGAGCACAAUCAAAAUGACUGGAAGAGCUUCAAGCCAUACACGAAUGUGCUUUGGCUCCACUACCUGUCCUGCAAGCUCCUCGAAAAGAGUUGUUACUUUGCCAGGAGUCGGCAACAGAGCUCCGCAGCUGCCGAACUCAGAAAGUGGAGUGACACGCUCAUCCUUCAAUGCUCAUCAUCCAAGGACGUUUUUCUCAAGUGCAUCAGCACACAGUCUACGCAGAAAAAAGUAGGCUCUUGCCUCGGCCACAGAUGAGUGGCCUAUUCCCCCAAAAAUGUCACUGCAUUGUCACUUCUCAUCCCAUCUCCUGUGUAUUUAGCAUUUCACAGAUUCACUGUAUGGCAUCAUGGUUACGCUUCAACAUCACAGUGCAGUGGCACUACUCUUUGUAAGCGUAGGUUUCUACGAUGGCCUAACACUAGUGUCAAACCAUUUUUUUUAUAUUUCCAUGCUUCACCUGUAAGUACUCAUUCCCAGUCUCAUUUUUGUUCACAACCAAGUGUGUCUGCAUUUUAUCAGUUUUAGAAAUAAAUAUCACUGUAGUAUUGUAAACUCCAUCGUUGUUCUGCGAAAAAGACAGACAGAAAGACAAGAUCAGACAGACAGACAGAUGUGGGGAAGAGUAAAAGGUUAUCAAAGCUUUUACAGUUGAGUACACUUAUAACAAUGCUUACAAUAUCUACAUUAUACAGUGCAAUUUUACACACUCAA